AUGAAGAGGGUGGAAAAGAGAGCCCCACUAUUUUAUUCUGUCUUGAUAGCUGGUGGCUGCAACAAUAAGAAAACAGAGAAGUGCUCAUGGAUUCCUGCAGUUGGAAUGGCUGCAUCUGUUCAAAAGAUCACCCUGCAUGAAGCAGUGCAGUUAAUGUUGGGUAUAUUCUUAUACCAUUCAAACUGGGUAGUAAGUCUAUUCACUUUUUUUAAUUUCACCUACCAUACUGUACACAGAUUGUAUGUUAGCCAGUGGAAGGGAAGCAGUUUUUGGAAAGAUUUGUCACUACAACAGGAAGAAGAAAUUCAAACAAAAGCAUUGGAGAAGUUUCCUAAAGAUUAUCAGUACACCAUUUGAGAAUUUGUUUCAUCUGGUCAUUCGCAGUUCAAGUUAUGUGUCGCGACUGAAAACAUGAGAAUUUGGAUCGAUGGCUUUUGCAAUUUCAAGAAAUCAAUGAUAUUAGCCUCAAUGUGAAGGUAAAGAAGAAACAGACUAAAGGAUACGUCGUCCAAAAUUAUUAUAGAUGUCAACACAACACUAGGGUUUGCAGCCCAACAAAAGACCCCCAGUGACGAUUGAAGAUUGAUCCAACAGCAAGAGUGAAGAAUACUAAUUGUCCAUUUCAACUUGUCAUCAAAAUAGAUUCAUGUAAUUCCUGGAGCAUUGACCUGGCCUGGGUGCACAACCACUCAACUGAUAAUCUUGAAGCAUAUAACUUCAAGGACUUGUGCAUGGAAGUAAUUGAAAAGAUAAAGAAAUUGUAUGAAGCUUGUCACACUCCUUCAACAGCAAGGCAACAGUAUCUUGAAGACCUCUGGCAUGUAAAGAAAGCUGAUAGGUCAACAAUGCCACAAAGAAGGGACUUUCUUUAUAUUUAUGGGCAGUUUGGGAAAGAAACAUUUGGUGGAAAGCAUGAUGGGAUGUUUUGUUGA